AUGAGAUGCUAUCAGGUAGCCCAAGAUAUUUUGGGUAGAUUAGAUAAGAAAAGUUGGUCCAAAUACCUUACGGAUUCCUCUGAUGGCCGGACUGUCUUGCAUCUCGCUCCAAGUUGCACAGACCAAAAUUUUGGUAGAUGGCUAGCAGAAGAAGCAGCAGAGUUUAUCACAAAACCAGACAAGUGUGGAAAAACACCUCUACAUGAAGCGUUUAGUAUUGGGGCAGCAUGGUUUAUAGAAGCUAUUCUUGUAAAACAUCCUGCUAAUUCAUCGUUUUACCCUAAUUCACACUUGCCUUGGAUCAAAGCAUGUGAGAAAGGUCAUGUCUUAGCUAUCCGUACAUUCGUAGACUAUGAUCCUGGAAAGUUUGGAGAUGUUUGUAUUGAUCACAUGGAUUCGCCUUUGCAUCAUAUACAUCUCCCCAACUUAAUGGGUUGCGAAGAGUUUCUCAAUUUUCCACGCAUGAAGGAUCUAAUCAAUGUUCAAGAUUUUCAUCAUGGGGAAACACCUUUACACAAAGCAAUACGAAACGAAGACAUACUAUUGGCGGAAGCGUUACUCAACAUGGAUAAGAUCAAGUAUAACAUCAAGGAUCAUGAGAAUGUAACUUCCAUAGAAUUGCUGGAACAACUAUGUGAACAACAACCUAAAUGGGAUGCAAUGUGCCAAAGAAUUGGACUUGAUCCAAGGAUUAAAACGUCAUACUUUCAACGUAAGACAAAUUUGUUAGAUGUGCGAAAUUCACUAUUCGUGGUGGCGGCUUUACUAGCCACUAUAACAUUCACUGCUGGAUUUACUCUUCCUGGUGGAUUGAAUCAAGACACAUGA